UCUCCACCGGAUUUACUGAGCCCAUUCGCCGCUCCCAGCUUCUCCGAGUGCGAAAGUAAAAGCGUUUUCCACCGAACCACCGAACCCGUCCAUCCACAUUGCCUCCGCUUGGCGGGCGAUCCUCCGCUCGAAUCAGAAGCAUUUCGCCUUUGCUCCACACAGGAUCACAGUUCGUGUCUGUUGUCGGAAUCAUCGAGAGAUUUCUUCCAGAUUUUAUAACCCAGAGGAGGCACUCCCAGAGCGACACAGGAACACAGGCUUCCACCGGCGGCGAUCACGAGUCUUCCGGUUGCGCGCCUUCCUUUCGCCACUGCUCCAUUGCAUAAUCGCCAGAGAAGAGAUGCCAUCGCUGUUGCACCUGCUGCUCCUGACGCUGUUUUUGGUGUCCACACCGACGCUGGGUCGCAAGGUAAAGCGGAAGGAGGCGCACUAUCACCACCACGUCAAUGUGCCGCCUCCGCCGCCGCCUCCAUCGCACCAGGGACCAGGGCCAGUGCCCCAGCAAACGGCGGUGAUCGAGCACGAGGUGCCACCUUACGCCUACGAGGCCGUAAACCACGAUGAGUUCGAGCCGGCCAAGGGGAAGCUCUCCCACUUCGAAGACUCCUCCGAUUACGUAGUGCACACUCUGCACAGCGGAGGCGGUGGGGGAAGCGGUGGUUACCUGGCAGACAAUGGACUCCGCAGCAUCGCCAAGGGUUCCGCCGAUCAGGCCUUGUCUGCAGUGGCCAGCCAAAAUGCGGCUGGCAAACAGGCUUCCUAUGUGGCCAAGAGCACUCUUGCGCAAGCGGCAGCCCAGGCAGCCGGAACUGCGGUGGCUGUACUGAAAGGCAAGGAGGUGCUGCUCCACCGACUGGAGGAUCAGAGCGUGGAGGCCCACAAGGCGAUGGAGAAUGAGCUGACCCAGCUGCAGCAGGCCAAGAGAUCCGCGAAGGCGGCCCAAUAUGCCGCCCAGCAGGCCAUCAACCAUGUGAGUGUCCUGACUGCGGCCCUGAACAAUGCCCAGUCUGCCUCCGAGCUGGCUCAGAAGGCGGCAUCCGAGGCGGCGGCAGAACUGGCCUCCCAAAUCGAUAUGGUGGCCCAGGCCAAGACCAAGCUGGAGCACGCUGAAUCGCAGGCCUAUGCGGCCCGCUUGGACUACGAGGAAACUCGGGAUGCGGCGGAGAAGGCCACCUUGUCCGCCCAGGAGGCCCACCUCAAUGCGAAUGAUGCCGCCUUGCACGCCAAUGUGGAGCUGGCCGAGACUGUCCACAUCCACGACAAGAGCGACCGGAAUGUGAGGGAUCCACCACCGCGGAAUCACCGACAUCCAUGAGGCACUGCCUCG